CGCAUAGUUAGCAUUAAUGUAGCGGGAUUUGUGAUAGCUACAGGCUAACGGGUAGCUCCAGUUUGUGUGAGCAUCAGCCGAUGUUCGACUAAAACGGUUGUUCCCAUUGUUUCGCUGCAGGUUUAAAGCCGCGAGGCUUCAUUCGUGUGCAAUUCAGUUUUAAUGUAGGUCAAUGUCUUGUUGUGUCAGUGAGACCCACCUGUGCGGCAGGGUGUCGGUGAUGCUGCAGCUCCCCCUGGUGGUGACGGCCCAGGUGGACCUAGUCCUGGUGCUGGUCUCCUUGCUGGCCUUUUGGACCAGACUGAACCACCUCAGCUACCCCAGUGCUGUGGUGUUUGAUGAGGUGUAUUACGGUCAGUUUGUGUCUCUCUACAUGAAGAGAGUUUUCUUCGUUGAUGACAGUGGACCACCGCUUGGUCACAUGAUCCUGGCCCUCGGAGCCUACCUGGGAGGAUUUGAUGGGAACUUUGUGUGGAAUAGAAUCGGAGCAGAGUAUCCCAGCAGUGUCAGCGUAUGGAGUCUGCGGCUGCUGCCAGCUCUGUGUGGAGCUCUCUGUGUCCCUCUGGUUUACCUGUUGACUCUGGAGCUGCAGUUCUCUCACCUGUCAGCUCUGGGAGCUGCAUUGCUGCUGCUGCUGGACAACUCUCUGAUCGUCCAGUCACGUUUCAUGUUGCUGGAGUCUGUUCUCAUCUUCUUCAUGUUGUUGGCCUUCUUCUCAUACCUGCGCUUCCACAAUGCUCCCAACAGCUCCUGGUUCAGGUACAGCUGGCUGCUUCUCUCUGGAGCCUCGUGUGCUGCAGCCAUUGGGGUAAAGUACAUGGGCGCAUUCUCCUACCUGUUGCUGCUGGGCAUGGCCUCUCUGCACACCUGGACCCUGAUUGGAGACCAAACCCUCAGUCACGUGAGUGUGUGUGUGCAGUGUGUGUGCAGAGUUGUGUGUCUGGUGGCGGUUCCUCUCCUGCUCUACGUGUUCUGGUUCUACGUUCACCUGAGUCUCCUGAACCGCAGUGGACCACAUGACCAGCUGAUGAGCUCCGCCUUCCAGGCCAGUCUGCAGGGCGGUCUGUCCAGGAUCACUCAGGGGCAGCCACUGGAAGUCGCCUAUGGCAGUCAGGUUACUCUAAGAAGCUCUGCCUCUCAGCCUGUUCCCUGCUGGCUCCACUCACACAAAACCAACUACCCAAUCAGGUAUGAAAAUGGGCAUGGCAGCUCCCACCAGCAGCAGGUCACCUGUUAUCCCUUCAAAGAUGUCAACAACUGGUGGAUCAUCAAACACCCUGGCAGACAGGAGCUGGUGGUCAACAGUCCUCCUCAACCUGUCCGUCAUGGCGAUGUCAUCCAGCUGGUUCAUGGUAUGACCUCGCGCUACCUAAACAGCCAUGACGUGGCAGCUCCCAUGAGUCCUCAUGCUCAGGAAGUCUCAGGAUACAUCGACUUCAAUGUCUCCAUGCCAGCUCAGAACCUGUGGAGGGUGGAUGUCACUAACAGAGAGGUGGAGUCAGAAGUGUGGAAGACCAUCCUGUCUGAGGUCCGAUUAGUUCACAUUAACACCUCAGCUGUCCUCAAGCUGAGCGGUAUGUCCCUUCCAGACUGGGGUUUCCAUCAGUUGGAGGUUGUAGCAGAGAAACUGUUUAAAGCUCACAGCAGCAGUUUGGGAUGGACAGUGGAGGAGCACCGUUAUGGAACCAGUCAGGAGCAGAAGGAGAGGGAGGCGGAGCUUCAUUCUCCUACUCACAUUGACGUUGACAGAAAAAUUUCAUUCUGGGCAAAGUUUUUUGAACUUCAGUGGAAGAUGCUGAUGGUGAAACAGAAGGAUUCUGAACACAAAUACAGCUCCUCCCCCUUAGAGUGGAUCACCAUGGAAACCAACAUCGCAUACUGGCUGCACCCAUCCACCAAUGCUCAGAUCCAUCUGAUCGGUAACCCAGUGUCAUGGGGUGUGGCCACCCUCAGCCUACUGGCCUAUCAGCUGCUGGCAGCUGUCUACCUGCUGAGAAGGAGACGGGGCUUAAAAGACAUAACUGAUGGUGUGUGGAGUCAGUUUGUGUGUCUGGGAUGUGUGUGUGUCGGUGGUUGGUUGGUGAACUUUGUUCCAUUUCUGCUGAUGGAGAAAACCCUGCCUGCUCUGUGUUACCUGUACGUUCUGAGCCCCGCCCUGCUGGAGCACACACAUACUCACCUGCUCAGCAGUGUGACACAUCGGCAAGCGUUGUGCAUGUGUGUGUUGGCCGGGUUGUUGUCGGUCUUCCUGUCCUAUCGAAACUUCUGCCCUUUGACAUACGGCAGCCCUGAGCUCUCAGCCAAUCAGCUGCAAGGACUGAAGUGGAGAGACUCCUGGGACAUCCUGUACCGCCUCCGAUAGCGUCACAAAGAGAGAGACAGGUGACUGUGUGACAGGGUGUGUUUUCCUCAUCAUAAAUUAUUUUUGUGGAAGUGAUCGAAGGCUAAAUGUGUGCCAAGUUUUAUAUGGACAUUGACUGAACAGAAUCUAAAUCUGUGUCCUGGUCUCCAUGCGGAGCUGCAGUGGAGACAGACACCUUUGGAAUAGAUUCUUGUGGCCUGGCUAACUUGCACAUAAGGGCUUUAGAUAAAUGUGUUUGAGCACAGAGCGGAGCCUCUCACACUGAAACACAUUAGAGAGAGGUUGUGUUCAGUGUGAUGGCAAUAAAGGCCUAUUUACGUGGUCUUACAGACACCUGACUAUUGGACUUAAAAAAUAAUGGGAAGCGAGUAGAAACAAAAAUAUCAUGAACAGGAAAACAUGGUUCUUUUAUUUUGACAUUUUCUAAACUUGAACACAUUUUCAGAUGAACACCGGUUGUUGAUUCAUAUUAAAGCUGAGUUGGUGUCAGACUGUGGUCUCAGCAGGGCAGUGAGAACUACAGUGAAGUGGGUACAGAGGCUCCGCUGUGUUGUAGUCCUGAACCAGGACAGUCACACCCUGUCACAGAUCAUACAAAGUGUAAAAGAAGUAUGUUGAACCCACACACUGAGCAGGAGGCAAAAACGAGAAAAGUAGUUAUUCUGAGAGAGGACAAGUUCUACAUUUAAAGCUGGUACAUAUCACUGUUGCUGACUUGGAUUUUGCCAAUAAAACAGUUUGUUGAUUUUCUAUUCAUGCAUUUCGCCUCUCAUCCAAAAGUCGUCUUCAUUUAUGAGUACGACAUAUUGGAACAUGAAAAUUAUGGUCUGUUUGUCAUCUGUUCCUUCAGUAUUUCCAGUUAGUCUGAAAGAUAUAAAAUGUACAGAAGCAGAAACCAGACUUUAGAAAACUGCUGCUUGUUCACAAUUUUUAUCAUGAACUCAGAAAUCAAAUCAAGAAGAAGACUGAAAUUGGAAACAAUCAAAUGUUAGGUGUGUUAUUAUUUUGAAUAGUGUUAAUACUUUUCUGCUUGUGGCUGACAGCAGUAGUUUGAUCUUUAAGGAUUUUGUCUUAAAAUUUUCCUGUAACACGUCAAAUAUCCAGGUUGGUUUCUGACCAUUGUAAGCAUUUUUGUAAUUAGAAAAGUAUUAGAAAAGUAUUUAUCUAGUUUAAAAGUAUGUUUAUACAGUUCAAUGUUUUGUGCUAUGAUGAACAUGUUGUGAAGAUACAGAGCAGCUAAAUAAAAUACUAACAGAA